AGAAUUUGAACUGCCAGCCACUCAGGAUUUAUAACGAGUUCGUUGCUCGAGUCGAAGCGAACAUCUGACCGUUGAGGAAGAGCAGUUUAGUUUAUAGGCCGUUAUGUUCUGUUUUGAGUGCUCGCCAUUAUCGACUUCUCUCCUUUACCUAAUCUCCCCGCUGAUUGCUUUGCAAGUGGCGUGUUUAGGUGCUCGGAGUGGGAUUGAAGAUGUCUCCAAAAAUCGUUCUUCCUGAUUGAGUGCUUGCUCACUGCUGCUGCUUGCAGUAGUAGUGGUGAGAUAUCUGCAUAUACCAUUGGUGCAGCUACAAGCUAGCUAGCCAUGGCAUCGCAGACCUCGACCGCUGGUCACUCGAGACCGCGGACAAAGUCUCAGCCGUCCUUCAGUCCCGUUCCGUUGCGAACUGUCACUGCGUGGGCGUCCGAUGCAGGCAGAACAGGAACUCCGUAUCCUCAGCUGCAGAAAAUCCUGAUAACCUGGAUGAACGUGUGCUUGAGAAAGGCCGGAAGCACCAUCGUUGUGAAGAAGCUCGCCGAGUUACGCAAUAAACGAGUAUUCCACUGGGCGCUGUUGGCUAUCCUCGGUGAAACGAUUCCGCACGUCAAUGGCACCUCUGGCAUGAGCGAGGAGGAAAUCUCCGCUGAUGACUGGGCUUUGCUCGAGAAGCACAUGAUUCGGUUGUCCGGCGUGUCGAAGGAUAUGGUCGAAUCGGAUUUUGCUUCAGGUCUGGCAUUGCUCUGGUGCCUGUUCACCACUGUACAGACGAAACGCCUGGCUGGAGGUAAGCAGGCUGCCGAAGCAGACUCAGCCUCUAGCAGCAACGAGGUCAGCACCAGCAAUGCUGCCACUGCCGAAGCUGAUCACCCAAGAGUGUCCUUCUAUACGGCCUUACAGAAGUGGUUCACUGCAUGUGUGGCAUCUGUCGACUCGGCGUUGGUGGUGCAAGAUUUACAUUUGAGCUGGUGCGACGGCCAGUACUUCCGAGCCAUCUUGAGAGCAAUCCCUGCGAACGAAGUGAGGCAACCACCUCCAGAGGUAGACGAGCAUUCGUCCAUCACUGACAUAAUGCAGCAGCUGAAGGACUUUCUGGGCCUGGACGCAGAUCGACUACUCACUGAGUCAGAUUUCCAGAGCAAGAGGAAUUUGGAGUCUAUGGCAAUGCUCGUCAACCUCACCCUGAUCCACGAGCAGUUUUUCAUGAGGUUUCCAAGGUUCAGCAAGUCAUUGGCGCUGCCUGAAGUGGCGGAAGUCCACUCCAGAUGUAGCGACUUGAAAUCGCACUAUGACCGGUGCCUUCGUCGCUACAACAGCCUUUGCCCAGAUGACCCAGGCAUAUCUAUUGUGACAUCUGUUACAGAGGAUCGUCUUCGUGAAUGCAACCACGGCUACUUUGUCAAGUUGCUCAUCAUCGCCAACGGCGUCUGCCACCAUCGGACCGGUGACUGCCAAGCAGUGCGCAAUGCAGCUGGCAAGCUCUACAACAUGUGGCAGGUGAAGAGACGGCGAGUGUGGCAGGCACUCCUAGCCGACCGGCUCUCUCACCUUGAUAUGGAGCUCAGCAAGAAACUCAAGACGUCGUCAAAGACACGCGAGAUGGUGCAGGAGCAGCUUCCAUGUACAGCAGAACAGCUCAGUGUGCUGCACUCAACGUGUCGGGAAGCCGUGUCCAGCACCAGCAUACUGAGCAUGCAGGCAAAAUCCGACAUCCGACACAUCGAGCGCUUUGUCGAGCAGAACAGCAUGCUAUGCGAGGGGGCCGGUGACAUGCUCCGAGCUAUGAGCGCCUGCCAGAAGGCAUCAUCAAUGUGCCGGAAAUGGUGUGCUGAGUCCAAAGAUUGGCUUGAUGGCUUAACGCAAGCAUGCCAGUAUCUUGAUCUGCUGGUGGAGGUUGAGCAUGCCGUCGCUGAGCUACACAGCGGGAUUGACUCGCUGAGCUCGUACGGCGACUUGAAAUCGUACCUUGAUCGACGGAAGCGUCUCUUGGAGAAAGUGUCCGACUUCGAGGAGAAGCUGAGGGCAUCGCAGAACAAGAUCACCUCGUUCUUGUUGCAGGAGGCAGUGCGGUUACUGGACAAUCGCAUCGAGCAGUGCCACCACCAGCUAAGCCAACUGUCCAACGAGCAGCAGCAGGUCAAGCACCGCCAGUGGCAGGAAUUUGUCAGCGAGUGCGAGAGCUGCAGGAAACUGCUCCAGCAGGCACCGGCUGGAGCGGAGCAAAGCUCAGAUACCAGUGGAGAAGACGUUUUUCUUCAGAAUAUCAGUAGGAAGCUGUCCGACCUGGAGAGGCGCUUGGCUGGGCUUGGUGACACGUCCAACCCAAUCAUGUGCAUCAGCAGCCAGAUCAGCGUACUUCAAAGCAACCUGAAUGAGCAACAAGCCUCUGGCCUGGUGGACGAUGUUGACACACUUGCUCAGCAACUACGUUCAUCUUUGCAGGACCAGCAAUCUUCAUCUCUCGACUCAGAACUGGACUACACCGAGCUGCAAAGAGAAAUACAGAAGCUCCAGGACCUGGAAGGUUUGAUGCAUCGCCUGGAGAAUAGCAUCGUGAAGAUCUGCAGACUGCUGGACUUGGAUAUUCUGAGGGUGGAGUCCGUUGCUGCUCCCGAGAUGAAGAAGUACACGUGCAAGAUCCGGCUUUGGCAGUGCAUUGUCGAUGAUGUCCAGGUGUUUCUACCAGGUUGGCGGAAGCGAUUGGAAUUCUACUCCAUGAGCAGUCCUUUGCGAGAUGAAUUGAACCGAGCAGCUGUGCUGAUCCAGGGUAACGAUGCGUUCACUGGACCACUCCAGGUCAUACAGAGCCAACUGGAGAAUCUUCAGAGUACGAAAGAAAAGUUGGAAAAGAUGAAAGCUGACUUCAACAAGUUGAAUGAAGUUGCUGAGGACCUCGCUGACCUUGGUGUUGACUUUGACCAGGAAGGUGCCACACUGCACAGGCUGGAAGCUGUAUUGCUGAGUUUGGAGACGACUUGCACUAAAGGACGUGAAAGACUUGUCCCACUCGUUGAGGAAUGGCGAUAUUUCACCGAUGAGAUGCAGCAGGCAUGGGACGACGCCGCAUGCGCCCGUUCCAACGCCGAAGAACUGGUCGGUCGAAUUGAAAAGGAGCCGGACGCAGCAGAGUAUACGUCACUGGCAUUCGAUGUACAGUCUGUUGUCUCCAAACACGAUGAUGUGCUGCACGAAUCAAGAAGAUUGAAGACAAAGUUCGAAGACGAGUUGCAUCCGGGAUGCAGGGAAGAUGAUGCGCUGGUAGUCACAAAGCAGCUGCAGGAUCUCAGCGAGAUAUGCGAGAGCCUUGGUCGGAAGUCCCAGUGGCUAUGCUUUACGCCUCUAAUCUGGGUUGCUCGAUCACGCAACUUACUCAAUGAGUUGAAGUGGUGGUUGCCGAAUGACUGUGGCCCGAAUGAACGGUUCUUGCAGCAGCUUGAGAUGUAUACUGGGCAGACCGCCAGUGUCCUGGAGCGACUUGCCAGCGACGCAAGACUCUACGGUGAGCACUCGCCUGACCCCCAGAGAACCGCUCCUUUUCUAAGUAAGCUUGCAGGCGGUGCUCAUGAUGCCGCCGCCGCUGCUGGUGACGGCGGAGUGUUCGACAAGGCCAAGAUAGACUCUGGCGUGGCGGAUAUGGCCGUGUUCGGAUCGCCGGGGAGGCAGCAGCUGGACCCGGCCGACGACAGCCUUCUCGGUUCGCCGCAAUCCCCGUCCAAUGGAGGACAUGCGCUGGGCGACCGUAGCUCUUCGCCAUCGUCGCCGUCCAUCCAGGUGACGCCCACCGACUCGCCGGCUAGAUCAGCUGAAGCCACCACGCCUGUGCGCAGUGGCAAAUCUGUCGUUCCACAUCUUGUUGUACCAUCACCCGAGCAGAGACAACAGGACUCGGAGACGGAAGCAGAAGUGCGUAGGAUUGCGGCAUCGUUUGACCUAGUCACCGCCGCCGCAUCCAUCUGGGAAAUUCAAGCGAAUCUGCACGCUGACCUCAACAGGCGAUUAUCCCACUUGGAGCAGGCCGUGCGGGACUGUGAAGACAUAGCUGAUCUUGAAAUGGCCGAUGAAAAACUGACCUAUCUCUCUCAGUGUGACGAGCAGGAGACGCCGAUCAUCCAGGAGUGCCUACUCGAGCUGAAGAACACCACGGAGAGUGUGGAGAUGGGCGAGGCAGAGCUAGCGUACAUCACUGUAAAACACUGGAACAACGUGUAUGACAAAGUCAAUAGCAGGCUCUGCUCCGUGCGAGUGCAGGUGGACGGAGAGCGCGGCCGAAUUCAGAGCAUGCUGCACGAACCACUGGAGACGUUCUCUAGGAAGAUGACAACACUUCAAGAAACACUGGCUCAGGCUAGGUCAUUGGUCACGGAGUGUGAGGAGCUUGAUCCCGCGGACAUAACACCUGGUCUGGUUGAAGACGUGGAGGCAAUGUUUGGCUUUGAGGGCGAAGAGGAGUUUUCGCAGCUGCUAACUGACUGCGAGGCAUCCAUUGAUUCAAUUGCCGUAUUCUCCAAGAGCGCUGACGUGGAGGACUACGCAAGACAGCUCGAAGAUUCUGAAAGCCUAUGGCAGGAGUUGCGAGGUCAUGAUUGUUUGGUCUUGGUGAACUUCCACCUGAAGAACAAGACGAUGUCUGCCACGCUGGACACAUGGAACCAACAGCUGGACCGUGCCGAUGCACUGACGGCUUUCGACCCUCACCUUGCUGACGAGAUCGAGCAGCUUCAGGCCCUAUUCGGCGAAGACUCGCCGGAGUGUGACUAUGCAGUUGGGUUGCUGGGCGAGUUGGAGGAACUGUGCACGUCAUCGACUGCGCGAAGUCAAGAUCUAGCUCCGCUCUUGCGUGCAAGCGAAAGCCAGCGCUGGAGAGUGCUGGAACACGCCAGUGCCAGCGUACAGCGACUGCAGGAACUCAGCCAGCAAAUGCUGCCCAGUCAGAAGCUAGAGGAGCUGCGCAAGCUUGUUGGCAGGAUUGAGGUGGAUGUGAAGUCGUUCGGUGCACUCCUGGACAGUGUGGAUGAAGUGCACGUCGUGGAACACACUAUACAGUCUAUCCAGGCUGAUCUGCAGGCAGCAUGUCAGCAAAAGGAAGCUCUCCACGACCAGGUAGCUUCAAGUGAUCUGGACACAAUGACUACCAGUAUGGAAGCUAUCUCUGCUAAGGUCAACUUGGAGUUGAAGCGACUCUCUGCAUUCCAGAGCAUCUGGGCCACUCGAUUGACACGCAGCGCCUCACUUCAGCAGCAGCAGGCAGCAUUGCAGGCAGCUCUGAAUGGUUUGUCGCAAUUCAACAACUGGAACAGCACGUAUCGCGCCGCCGUACGUCUCUUGCAGGGUAGUCCUCAGACUGCGACGGCUGUGGAGCAGACGUUCCUCUUGCUCAAUGACUGUGACUUCAGUCUACUGGAGUACAUCAGUGAGCCAUUCUCGGGGCGCAUCUCCGACGAAACGCAAGCGUUGGGCCGGCAGGGCAGCGAACUUCUCCUGAUUUGGCAAAAGUGGAAGGAUGCGUAUCAACUGUGGUCGGACGUCCUCGCCGGACAGCAGACCAUCGUUCAGUUUUUGGAAAGCGUCAAGAACUGCUGCAGUGGUCAGCUGCUAGCCUCGCUGUCUUCUCUGGAUCUCCUCAAGAAUCAGUUAUUGUCAUACGGCGAAGAAGUAGCUCACAUAUCCAAUCUGCUAUCCAACUCUAUCGGAAAUCUAAUACCGGAAAAGUUCAGGACAGAAGUCGAAGCAUUACCAUCCGCUUUGAAGCAACGCUACACGUCUGUGAAGGCACUUGCCGAUGUCUUCUUUCCAGCAGCAAAGGCAGCCAGUCAUCUCCAGGCUAGCAUUGCUCAGGUGACGCCGGCUGUUACGGAAGGCCUUGCGUGUCUGACGCGGCUAGGAGCUGUGCUUGGGCCUCAUGAUGCCAUUGUUGCCGCACAGGCAUCCAUGAAGGAGUGCUUCACUGGUGACUGGACCCUGGAGAAGUUAGAUACCGUCAUUGAAAGCUGCUAUGAAAUGGGAACAGAACUUUCUGGUGCCCUGGGCCGUGCUGAGCUGAGGGCCAGCCAGUUUCCUGAGUUCUCAGACGUGAUGGAGCACGUCAGCAACCUGAAGCGGGAAGUAGAGCGGCUGGGUGACCUUCACAAAGACACGUCCGGUGCUCUCGAGGAGCUUGGUGAAAUGUGGUCGCAGCUGGAGGGUAGCUGCGGAGAGCUUCGGGCCUACGUCAAAGAUUGCCGCAAGGUAUUCCCAACUACUCAAGAACUGGAGAACGCGGCGAGUCGGCAUGAAGUCUGUGCUACCAGGCUUGAUGAGCUUCGCACCUCUAUCCGAACGGCCCAGCGUAAGGCAAUGUUAGUCCAGGGCAGUGUUGGAGAGCUACAGACUCGCUGCGAAUCGGACGGACCCCUGUGUGAUCGCCUGACUCGUCAGUACCGUGAUGUCAAGGCCUUCCCAAUAGCCCUUGAGCUAGUGGGUAAGCUGCUGGAAGUUCUUGUCAACAGUGGGAUAGUACAGCCGUUGCUACUAGCGAAUGAGGCCGAUCUUCAGAACGAAUCCAUCAAGUGCCAGGUUGCUAGCCAGUCUUUGGCUGGCCUGCGUAAGAGACUAGACAACAUGAAUGCUUCCAUUCAGGCAUCCUAUGGUAGUGAUGGGGAGCUUACCAGUCUUGCUACAGAAGAAGGUGUGGUGAGGCAACAGCUUGAGCAACGGCUGGCAACCGUCUCGCGGUUACGAGAAAUGUGGAGCAAGGCCAAGAAGGAGAUCUCGUCUGUGAUGGAAUGGACUCGGGCGACAGAGGCUGAACUGGAGACGCUCUUGACAGAAGAUAUCGCCGAAAUGUCCUCGUGCAGUGAGCAACUUGGAAGAAUGCAGGGUCUGGUGUCUCAGGCACAGCAACACCAAGAGAAGAUGAAGCAAUUUGGCGCCCAGUUUGCAAAGCUGGAGUCGAUUGCUCCUCCACGCAGUACUAUACCGAGACCACCUCCGUCUCGGUCAAUUGACACCAUUGAGGAAGGGGACGAGGAAGAGGAUAAAGAUGCUCCCAGAUCUGAUAUCGAGGCCCUGCAACAGAGAUAUGCAGAUAGCAAUCAUCAGCUUGAGGCUCUGCUGCAGAAGCUAUCGGCCCGUCAGGCUCUACUUCUGGAGAAACUCAAGCACUGGAGCCAGGUGUGGACCAGAGUGGAUUACAUGCGAAAGGUCUGUGAGCAAGUACAGGAGGGCCUGUCUCAAGUCAACACAGCCUCUAUGCAGUACGCAAGGUGGCCCGAAGAGAUGGAGCGGGUGAAGGAAUUGGAGGAAGUGCUCACUUCGGAAACGGUGAUGACAAGCCUUCAAUCCCUCAUCGAGAGCAUUUCGGAUGAUGACGCCAGCGACGGUGAUGAUACGGAUGGCUCAGGUUCGGCGAGGAUACGCGCCGUAGUAGCUCAUCGCCAGGCAUUGCUGGAUGGUGUGAUGGAGUGUCGACAGGAACUGAACAGCAUGGCAGUCGUCAAGGUCACCUACCGCGGAAAGCUGAUGGAGGUGGAGACUGGCAACAAGCAGGCAGCCAUGAAGUACAAGCAGCUUUGCCGCCCGCUAGACACCUGGGAUGCAGUUGGAGAAUACAAGUGCAGUGCAGUGUCUUUGCGACAAGCCUUGUCUGAACGGCAAGGCCAGCUUGCAGAACUGCAGGGCCUCUUCGGGCGUAUGGAGCACCACAUCGUUGACGACUCGGCCACGAACACUCGUCACACGCAGUGUCGCAGCCAGUAUGAACAGUUGACGGAGAAAGCUGGCCAGUUAGCCGAUGCCCUGACCUGUGGUGAAAACCAACACAAUGAGUUCCAAGACUCCUGCGUGGCGCUAUCGAAUUUGUUUGCACGGUGCAAUCGGCUGGAGGGUGACUUGAGCGGCUGUGACAAUGAGGCUGAUUUGCAAGCACAUUUACAGGACCUUUCUGCGUUGUCCACACGUCUAAAUGCUAGUGAAGCGGACGAACGGCGAAUAGGCGAACUCGCUGGCAGUCUGCAGAGAUCCUCCGUACACCACUCCCAUGCAGCCGUGGCAGAGCUAACGGACAGUCUUGAUCGCGUGCGCGCAAGCCGUCAGUCUUGCCAGGCACUCCUGGCCGAGCUGAGACGAGAGUGGCAGGGUGUCGGGGGCAAGCUGCCAGCUGCUCGGCGUGUCCUCCGGGAUGCUGAAGUAGCGCUGGACGAGCUGCAGGGCAUCACCGAAAGGCGUGUCCCUGUUGGCAGUGAUGUCAGGACAAAUGGCGAUGCCUUCAGUGCCGCUCUGAGUCGAGCGUGUCAUGAAGCCUCCGAGGCCAACAGAAGCCUGCAGAACCUGAGCGCUUCGCUAUCGACAAAGAUCAGCAAUACGCUUGGUGUACCGGAGAGGUUGAAAAUCCACUGGGAGCGAUGGAGUCGACUGGAGGCUGAGGCAAUGGCUAGUCAGGAGCAGGCGUCAGACAAUCACGACAAAUGGACUGGACACUGGCAUGAUGUUGAGCUGAUCGAGCAGUGGAUAUCAGGUGUUCUCAAGAACAUCAGGACACUGCGCGCCACGUCGCUGUCAUCUGCAUGGAAACUGAGGGCCACGGCUGAAGAACUGAAGAUGCUGUUGUCAACAAGCUCUCUCGACGAAAACACGUGUACAGCUCAGGGUGCUAUUCUAACUCAGCUAGUAUCCGAGGCGGAUGAGUUUUGUCGACUUGCGCCGCACUCUGAGGCCAAUGAGGUCCAUGCACAGAGACUUGGUGGACUAGAAGAACAGCUACAGACUCUCGGAGAGGAAGCUCAGGUUCUUCAAACAACAACUAACGCACGCCUAGAACUUCUCAACAAUAUAGAUGGCUUUAUUGACAUGCUCACGUCAUUGAACGGAGCAGCAACCUCUAGUGCCGAAAGUCUGGGAAGUACUGGAGUACGAUCAGCGUCUCUCUGGUGCUUACAGGAUAUAUCAUCGAAUUUUUCCAAUUUACACACGCAACUGGAUGAUCUGGUGUCGGAAUGUGCACGGCUCAAAGCCAGCGGGGCCAUUUUGGAGCGCCUCGAACUGUCGCAGGACCUCUGGGCGAUGUUGCAACGGACAGUUCAGGAAGCACUGGGAACUCAGAAAGCACGUCGCACAUCACCAUCAACAUCCAGGAUUGUGCACAGCCGGCCAAGAUCAGCACGCACGGCGCUGGUAUCCUCUCGAACGGUGUUCCAGCGACUGCCAGCACUCUUACUCCUAGGUAUAGUACUAGUUAUUCUCUACUUAGUCACGCUCCAACGCUGAGCUGCUCCAAUGUUUGUAUUUCUAUUUAGGUAUGCUGUGCUAGCUACUGGUGCUGCCAGCACAGCUAUUAUGACUAUUUCUAGUCGUGAGACUUGAGCUAUUAUUAUUAUUUUUAUUUUGUUGGUCUUGAUUCGAACCAGAGCUGGACUCUACAGCACUCUCGGUGACCGUGACACUGUGUACUGCUGCUUCAUAGUCUAUACCCAUUUCAAUAUUAUUAUCUCGCUCCCGUGGCAUCACGAGCCAAGUUAUAUUCUUUCCAGCUGUUGGUGUUAUCGUCGUCAUUGUUGUGGUUGCUGGUCCACUUGCUGUUUUUUUUUUUUUUUUUUUUUUUUUUUUAAUCCAUUCUGACCUAUUUUCGAUCAUUAUUAUCAUUGAAAUAGAAUGGUUUCAUGUAAAGGCCAUGCUCCCAUCUAGCUCCUCUAGUUCUGCAGGUAGAACAGCAUGACAUUGUGCUCUUCUUCUCCUAGCUACUGUCAUUGUCACUAUUUGUCAACCAUUGACGGCCGUGCGCUGAUUGCCCACUGUUAGUAUUCAUGGUAUUGUGUUUGUGGCAGUGAUUAUCCUUUCAGUUUUUGCAAGCGCUUUCGAAUUGAAUAUGUACGUCCGUGCCAUGACAGAGGAAGCCAUCAGUUACCUCUA